AACGGCAGCCGGAGCUGGGAGCGGCGCGCAGGAGCCCCGGGCGCCCGAGUGCAGGAUGUUCAUGCUCCCUGGCGUCCCCAAGCCACCGAGUGUGAGGGCUGCUGCUCUGCACCAAGGCCCGGCUCCCAGGAGGAUGCCCCGGCUGCCCACCAGCUCCCGCCUGCACCAUGAGUGAUGAGCGGCGGCUGCCUGGCAGUGCGGUGGGCUGGCUGGCGUGUGGAGGCCUCUCCCUGCUGGCCAACGCCUGGGGCAUCCUCAGCGUCGGUGCCAAGCAGAAGAAGUGGAAGCCGCUGGAGUUCCUGCUGUGCACACUUGCGGCCACCCACAUGCUCAACGUAGCGGUGCCCAUCGCCACCUACGCUGUGGUGCAGCUGCGGCGGCAGCGCCCCGACUAUGAGUGGAACGAAGGCCUCUGCAAGGUCUUUGUGUCCACCUUCUACACUCUCACCCUGGCCACCUGCUUCUCCGUCACCUCUCUCUCCUACCACCGCAUGUGGAUGGUCCGCUGGCCCGUCAACUACCGGCUGAGCAAUGCCAAGAAGCAAGCAGUGCACACGGUCAUGGGCAUCUGGAUGGUGUCCUUCAUCCUGUCGGCCCUGCCUGCCGUCGGCUGGCAUGACACCAGCGAGCGCUUCUACGCCCACGGCUGCCGCUUCAUCGUGGCUGAGAUAGGCCUGGGCUUCGGCGUCUGCUUCCUGCUGCUGGUAGGCGGCAGCGUAGCCAUGGGCGUGGUCUGCACAGCCAUUGCCCUCUUCCAGACGCUGGCCACGCAAGUGGGGCGCCGGGCCGACCGCCAUGCCUUUACUGUGCCCACCAUCGUGGUGGAGGACGCACAGGGCAAGCGCCGCUCCUCCAUUGAUGGUUCCGAGCCUGCAAAAACUUCGCUGCAGAUCACGGGCCUGGUGGCCACCAUCGUCGUCAUCUACGACUGCCUCAUGGGCUUCCCUGUGCUGGUGGUGAGCUUCAGCAGCCUGCGGGCAGAUGCCUCGGCACCCUGGAUGGUGCUCUGUGUGCUGUGGUGCUCUGUGACCCAGGCCCUGCUGCUGCCCGUCUUUCUCUGGGCCUGUGACCGCUACCGGGCCGACCUCAAGGCUGUCUGGGAGAAGUGCGUGGCCCUCAUGGCCAAUGAUGAAGACUCGGAUGAUGAGACCAGCCUGGAGGGUGGCAUGCCCCCGGACCUGGUAUUGGAGCGCUCCCUUGAUUACGGCUACGGAGGUGACUUUGUGCCCCUGGACAGGAUGGCCAAGUAUGAGAUCUCUGCCCUGGAGGGGGGCCUGCCCCAGCUCUACCCUCUGCAGCCCUUGCAGGAGGACAAGAUGCAGUACCUGCAGGUCCCGCCCACGCGACGGUUCUCCCACGACGACGCGGACGUGUGGGCCGCCGUCCCGAGGCCCGCCUUACUGCCGCGCUGGGGCUCGGGCGAGGACCUGGCCGCGCUGGCGCAGCUGGUGCUGCCCGGCGGGCCCGACCGGCGCCGCGGCAGCCCGCUGGCCUUGGCCGAGGACGCGCCCCCGUCCCGCCCGCGCCGCCGCUCCGCCUCGGCCUCGCUGCUGCCCGACACCUUCGCCCUGACCGCCUUCGAGCGCGAGCCGCAGGCUCUGCGCCGCCCGCCCGCCGCGCCCAGGCCCUUCCCCGGCGCGCCCCCCGCCCCCGACGGCGCGGAGCUCGGCGAGGCCCCGACGUCCCCUGGCGGCGGCCGCGCACAGCGGAGCCCCGGGCUGCGCCCUGCCGCGCAUGCGCACGCCGGGGCCCUGCGGUCCGGCCUGAGCGGGUCGUGGGGCGAGCCAGGGGGCCUGCACGCGGCGGGCGGCGGCGGCGGCAGCACCAGCAGCUUCCUGAGCUCGCCCUCCGAAUCCUCGGGCUACGUCACGCUGCACUCGGACUCGCUGGGCUCGGCUUCCUAGGGCCCACGGACACCAGACAGGCCGUGCGCCCGCGAGGGCCACAGCACCAAAGAUGCCACCGCUGUCCCACGCGCAGACAUGUGUCACCCCUCCAGGGAAUGGGGGGCGGCGAGCUCAGCGCCACUGUGUACCGGUUCCUCCCUGUCGGCAUUGCCUUGGGACGGAGAACGACUGUCCUGGACCAGCCAGCCGCUGGGCUUGGGUAGUGAGUGACGUCCGCACGUCCAGCUGCACCUUCCCCAGCCCUGAGCAGCUGGGCUGGGGGUGCAGGGAACCCUGGGACAGAGUCACCAUCAGACAACAAAUUCCUGCCUCUGAGGAGCGGGAGCCAGAAGCCACUGGAUCGCACACGGCUUCCCACUCUGCACUGCAACUGCCACCUCAGGGGGUUGGGGUGCAGAGGGUCUCUAAGCACAGGGGUCUUUAGGGCCCAAACAAGCUCUCCCAGCAGGUGUCCCUGCUUCUCACCUGUUCUGCCUCAGUUUCCCCAUCUGUGAUGAGCAGGUGACCGACUAUGUUAAUUCUCAGGGCUGUUUGAAGAAGUCUCCUGGUCCGUAUGCCCUGGCCAUUGAGUGGACUGUGUGUGAGAGGUGUCUAGGGCCCUCUGUGGGUCCUUUGUGGGGUCAGUCUCCAGCAUGUGGCCUGGUGGGGCUCCCCCAGGCCUAGGGCCUCCCACUCUCGGUGCCCCUUGCCCCCUUGGGAAUGCACCCUCCACCCCAGCGAAGCACAGCACUUUUGCACCAUCACUGUUUGCAUCACAGCCACCUUGACCACCAUCAGUGUCCCCACACUCAUUACUGCACCAUCGUUGCCUGUCUUGCCACAUUGGCCACCUCUGUGACUCCCACCGUAGAGGUUGUGGGUACAUGGUGUAGACAAUUAAAGCAAAGGGGGAGUAGGCUUCCUUAUCCCAGUACCCAUCCCUAGCCUCACCCCCAACCUAUGCAGGCCUGGUCAAAAAGGGAUCCUGGCUUAGAGGCUUCCCAGGUUCUGGGGUCAAGGCCUGGCCCCUGGUGACGAUCCUCACCCCUAGGGGCAGGGCCUUCCUUUGCUCUCCUUCCUGUGCAGACCCCUUGCAGGCCUGGCUUUGCCAUGGGCCUUGGGUCUUCCUGACCUUGAGCUGGAGGAACAGGGCAACUGCAGAUGCUGUCUGCACUUGGCCCCUGCCUCCAUGCAAUGGCCCCUCAAUGUGAAAACCUGGAGCAGGUUCCAAGGCCAGCACAGAGCCAGCCUGUGCCCUGUUCCCUCUGCCCCUCAGAUGGCCAAGCCCAUAUCACCCUGCAGACAGUGUCACAAUCCCAGAAGAGGGUGUGGGGGGUGUUGUCCAACUCUGUAUGGCUUUAGAGGGUCCCUCCAGUCCCCAGCUGUGGGGAAACUGGAGGAUGAGCUGACCACAGGUAAGCAAAGCAGGGGACUGCAGUCCAGCCUGGGCCAUGGGAGGGGCCACCUCUGGCCAAUACUGCUGUGCCUUCAAGCACCGUUAUGUCACAUGGGGGCAGAGGUCACCAGGUAGCCACUGUCCCCCCCUCACCUUGUCACCUUGGGUUUUCACUGUUUAUUUCAUAUCCAACAGUAGUACUUGCAGGGGGAUGUAGACCCCUGUGAAGUCCCUUCAGUCCUGGUUUUUACAAAAAUAAAGGGAAGGAGUCAAGGUUUCAGGUCCCCGUACUGGCCAGCCACCAAAAAGUAAAAAUAAAAGGGAGGACCCCAAGCGGAGGACCCUGGGGCCUGGGAUUCUCUCCCGCACUGUCCAGCCUGCAGGCCUGUGUGCUGCGUUUAUAAGGAGCUUGACCAUGGGCUUCCUGGGGAGGGAGCUGUCGUCUUCCCACCACUCAGCCCAGAGCCAGGGAUCCGUUUGCAGUUUUUUGACAACUGAGCAUUUCUCUUCUGUACAGGACCCAAUAAAAACUUCCUUAUGAUUUUCA